AUGUCGAAUUUUCUAAAUCCCACAUCUAGUCUUUGCCCCACCAACGGUCGUCAAGCCGUUGGGGAUGGGGCUGUUUCCUUUGACAACGGGUCGGAUGUGCUAGCGGUUUGCCAUCUUCAGGGCAUGGACGAUAUGUACUACUACUCUACUACGUUCUCGGGAGGGCCUGGGUCUCCCACAAACUCGCCCGUUGUCAGAAGCAGCUCGAUUCCCAUUCAGUCUGGACCACGACCCAUCCCUCGCAGGAUUGAUACCCAAAUCGCCACCCCUCCCCUCACCCCCGAUGUAGGCAGUGACUGCAGCAGUGCCUCCAGCAACAGCUCUAUCAACGAGCACGACGCUUUGGACUUUUUGAUGACUUUGUUCCCUCAGCAUGGCCUCAAGGCUUUGCCGUACGCUAAGCGAGUCUCAAUUUCCGCCCCGAACCUUGGGGCAGAGUUUGAAGGUGUCGUCCUGGAGCUCCCAGGCCAACCCAAGACCCUAUACGUUGAUGGCAAGCGCGCGGCCGCUGUCAACCUCCGUGAAAGCAUCGUCGCCUUACUCGAUCUGGCUGACGAAAGUCUUGCCUGCAACGCUCUUGUCAUUUCCCUCGAACGCUCAUCCCCCAAUCUUAGCAGCCUCCUCCACUCCUUGAUGUAUGUCGGAGGAACCGUCGUAACCAAACCUCCCUUCAAGGUGGAUCCUGCGUUCGUCCUCGUCGGUCUCGAGAUUUGA